AGAAUCAAUAUGAACUGCCCGCGAUGAGGCGCUUUUCGCAAAUACCAAACGUUUUCAUUUAAAAUUUAGAGAAGAAUUCUGCCGUCAAGUGCUGUUUGCAUUUGAAAAUUUAGUCGUGGCAUUCCAGUAUCGUCCUCGUCAGGGUUUGCGCUGAGAGAAUUACAAAUCAAAGCGCGAAGAGAUGGAGAUUCAGGAUCAUAUCAUGUUGUGAGAGGACUAUUUGUUUUCUGCGGAUGAACAGAGGCGGAAACAUAAGGACAUCGACAGUUGGGAUAAAAAUGCACAAAAUGUUGCUCAUUCUAGUCUUUAAUCUCGCAAUUGCACUUCGGAUCGAGGGAUCGUUGCCACCUUUAGACGAAGAAGAUAAUGUCUUGCACAUUGGAGCAAUUUUUCCGAUCCAGGGUGAGGGUGGUUGGCAAGGCGGGCAAUCUUGCAUGCCAGCUGCCAACCUCGCCAUGGAGGAUGUCAAUCGUGAGAGAAACUUACUGCCAGGUUUUACUUUGAGACUACAUUCCAAUGAUAGUGAGUGUGAGCCUGGACUGGGAGCCUCUGUAAUGUACAAUCUUCUUUACAAUAAACCACAAAAGUUAAUGUUAUUAGCAGGGUGCAGUACAGUUUGUACUACUGUUGCCGAAGCAGCGAAAAUGUGGAAUUUAGUUGUUCUUUGUUACGGAGCUUCAUCUCCAGCGUUGUCUGAUCGAAAUCGUUUUCCGACCCUUUUUAGAACCCAUCCUUCUGCGACAGUUCAUAAUCCUACAAGAAUCAAACUUCUACAAAAGUUUGGUUGGUCUCGAGUUGCACUUCUACAACAAGCAGAGGAAGUCUUCAUUUCGACAGUAGAAGACCUCGAGGCUCGCUGCAAAGAAGCAGGAAUUGAAAUUGUGACUCGCCAAAGUUUUCUGUCUGAUCCAGCAGACGCAGUGAGAAAUCUUCGUCGUCAAGAUGCCCGAAUAAUUGUUGGUCUUUUCUAUGUGGAUGCAGCACGACGAGUUCUUUGUGAGCUCUAUCAUCAAAACAUAUAUGGCAAAAGUUACGUCUGGUUUUUCAUAGGAUGGUAUGAGGAUAACUGGUUCGAGGUUAAUUUGGACAAGGAGAAUAUCAUUUGCACCAAAGAGCAAAUGCGUCAGGCUGCGGAGGGACAUAUGACUACUGAGGCCCUGAUGUGGAAUCAGAAUAAUGAAACAACAAUUAGUGGCAUGACCUCUGCGGAUUUUAGGCAAAGACUUAACAGAGUUCUGAAGGAAGAUGGACAUGAUAUUGAUAACAAUAGAUAUCCUGCAGGAUAUCAGGAAGCACCUCUUGCAUACGAUGCUAUCUGGGCUGUGGCUCUCGCAUUCAAUAAGUCAAUGGAGAAAUUGAAUAAGUUGGGAAAAAGCUUGAAGAAUUUUACAUACACAGACAAGGAAAUCGCAGACGAAAUAUAUUCUGCCAUCAAUUCCACACAAUUUCUUGGUGUGUCGGGAUAUGUUGCCUUCAGUUCCCAAGGUGAUCGAAUUGCAUUGACUCAAAUCGAGCAGAUGAUUGAUGGAAAAUAUGUAAAAUUAGGUUACUACGAUACCCAGGCUGAUAAUUUAACGUGGUUGGACCACGAGCGAUGGAUUGGUGGCAAAAUUCCUCAGGAUAGAACUAUCGUGAAGAAUGUUUUACGAACAGUGUCUCUGCCUCUCUUUAUAUGCAUGUGCACAGUUUCAUCCGCCGGAAUUGCCAUCGCAAUACUGUUAAUCAUUUUUAACAUUUGGAAUAGGUAUAGAAGAGUGAUAAUGUCAUCACAUCCAGUGUGUAAUACCAUAAUGCUAGUAGGGGUUAUAGCGUGUUUAGUCUCCGUAUUUUUACUUGGUAUCGAUGGCAGAUUUGUGGAACCUUGGGAGUAUCCAAGAAUUUGUCAGGCAAGAUCAUGGAUAUUAUCAAUUGGUUUCACUCUUGCUUUUGGAGCGAUGUUUAGUAAAGUAUGGAGGGUUCAUCGAUUGACAACGAAAACGAAAGCAGAUCAAGCCAAGUUAUUUAUGGCUAAACAGAAGAUUUCAUCUGUACAGAAGAAAAUUCAGCCAUGGAAAUUGUAUACGAUGGUUACUGCUCUUGUGGUGAUUGACAUACUCAUUUUGGGCUCUUGGCAGGGGCUGGAUCCCCUGCGAAGAAAGGUGGAGGAAUUUGCCCUAGAAGCCCCUUUAAUGGGAGACGACGAUGCCAGGAUAAGACCCUUACUAGAGCAUUGUGAAAGCGAAUACAAUAACACUUGGUUUGGUAUAAUAUACGGAUAUAAGGGCUUCAUCUUGGUGUUUGGAUUAUUUUUGGCUUAUGAAACGCGCAGUAUAAAAGUGAAACAAAUAAAUGAUUCAAGAUACGUUGGCAUGUCGAUCUACAAUGUCGUGGUUCUAUGUCUAAUUACGGCCCCGGUGACAAUGGUUAUUGCUAGUCAGCAGGACGCCAGUUUUGCCUUUGUCGCAUUAGCCAUUAUCUUCUGCUGUUUCCUCAGCAUGGCUUUGAUUUUUGUUCCUAAAGUCAUCGAAGUCAUCAGGCACCCUAAAGAUAAAGCCGAAUCCAAGUAUAAUCCAGAUGUGGGAAUGUCUAAAGAGGAUGAAGAGAGGUAUCAAAAACUCCUAAUCGAAAAUGAUGAACUUCAAAGGCUCAUAGCAGCGAAAGAGGAGAAAAUAAAGAUGCUGAAGCACAGGCUUGCAGAAAGAGAUGCUUUAAAGGGAGGUAGCGGAAUAGUCAAGGACUCAUUGAUAGUAGCAGACUUUGUGACCGGGGAAGGAACGUCCGAUAGUGCAAUUGGUGGGGGAAUUUCCGUUUACACAAGAUCCUCUCGAGCCUCCGCUUCGGACUUUGAAUUUUCAGAAUCAGUAUCGUUCUCUUCUUUUCUGAUUCUAGAAACGGCUGAUUAGAAGACAUUGGCUGAUUAUAGAUGACAUCGACUGAGCGAAAAAGAAUUAUUUAUAUGAUAAGCAAGUUGGAGGAGCUGCAUUCUAAAAUUAAACUUUGUCGAUUAACGUGCCACGUGGAUUUUAUUCCUGGUGGGUUCUAGUCCUCAAUCAUAAGAAAAUUGUUCAAACUUAAGGAUACCUGAUUUUCGUAUCAACGACCGUUAAUAUAAGUCUUUAAACGUUUGUGCCAUAUAAGUCGUAUGUACAGCCGUGUGUCUGCGACACUUUUGAGAAAUUAGCAACGCGAUUUGACUGCAAUUCCUCAUGCCACCGUAGAUUAUCUGCGUAUAUACUAGAACUGAAAAUUGUUUAGAAGUUAAAAUUGUAGAAAUUCAAUCGAGUUAAAAUGAAUUUAUAUUCAUUUGUGAGAGGAAAGAGUGUGUAGAAAAUUGCCAAUUCGAGUAUUAUUGUCUCUUGAUUUCUUUUGUACAAUCUUGUACAUUUUGAAUUUUCUACUACUUUUCCGCAAUUUUAUGUAAUAUUCAAUGAAGGAAGAGUCUUAUCGAAACUUUA